AUGAAAACUAUAUAUUUAUUUCUCUUAAUAGUUUUAUUAAUAACUAACAUUAGUUUCAUUAAAUCAAAUGAAAAUGUUUUAGAGGGUUCAGGUUCUUCCGAAUGGUUUGGUGAGACAUGUCAAGAAUCAACCUUUAAUUUCAAAAGUAAAACUGGUUGUUUAAAUGAUUGUUAUGAAUUAUGGGGUCAAGGUAAAUGCAAUAAUCAAACCAAUUCUUGCGAAUGCACUAAUUAUUAUACAGGUAAUGAUUGCUCAAUAAAUAUUGAUAAUGAAUACGAUUGGGAUCAAAUGGACUGUAGUGGCGGAAGAUAUUGCCCUCCAGUAUUCGGUGCCGGUAUAAGAAAAUGUUAUUGCCCACCAGGCCAAGAUGGAAUUGAGUGUAAUGUUUGCUCAUCCUCCAGUGGUUGUAAUAGUCUCAAUAAUGAUUAUUCCAAUACUUAUUCUUGUGAUAAUUCAAAUUUAAUUUAUAAUAAAAAGAAUUAUAGUUGUUUAGUAACAAGCCCAUUAGUUAAUUUAGAUUUUGGAAAUGCCUCUACAUCGGUUUCUUUCAAUUGUGAUUUCUCCAAUCCAAACCAAUUAGGUGAGUGUAGUUUGAGAUUUUAUAAUGAUCAUACUGGCGCACCAUUAUUGUUUAAUUGUUCAUUUAAUGAAUGUAUUAGUCAGAUAGAUGGUUAUAAUCAAACAAUAAACUGCCAAUACUCAAAAUGUAAUGCUUCAUCAUAUUGUGGAGUGUUUUUUGGAGAUAUAAUUGACCAAGCUCAAGGUCCCACUAAAUUUGAUUGUGGCCCAAAUGUAAACCAAAAAACCUCAUCAUCAUCUUCCGAUAAUAGUUAUCCAAUAAGCUGUUCGUUUGCUCAAAGUUAUUUAACUAACAUAUUACCAAUUAUUCCAUUGGAGUGUCAAGCUGGUGAAUGUAUUAAUAAUGGCUUAUCCAUAGCUAUUAAAAAUAUAUUUUUUUAA